AUGGAUGCCCGUUUGCCCAAGUUCCUGGAGUACCGCUGCACAUGCCCCUGAGCAACCGCAGAGGUUUAUGGGAAAUCAGGGAGGCUGCCACCACUGAGGAUUCCGCAGGCCUUUGGGGGGGCCUCCUUUCCACCGCUGAGUGGGGUGCCGCCACCACCACGGUGACAUCAUGGCCAGAAACUCGUUUCGGGGGUCCAAGCACGGCAAGGCGGCCGAGGCCAAUCAUGACGUGGACUUCGGCUGCUCGCUCAAGGAGCUGCGCUCUCUCAUGGAACUCAGGGGGCCGGAGGGGCUAGAGAGGAUUCAGGAGACGUACGGAGACGUCCAGGGACUCUGCAGCAGGUUGAAAACCUCUCCGGUAGAUGGGUUAACUGGGAACACGGAGGACAUCAACAGAAGAACAGAAGAAUUCGGGAAGAACUUCAUACCUCCAAAAAAGCCAAAAACCUUCCUUCAGUUAGUAUGGGAAGCAUUGCAAGAUGUGACUCUAAUUAUUUUAGAAGUGGCAGCCAUAAUUUCACUAGGCCUUUCUUUCUAUCGACCGCCAGACACAGAAAGAGAACAUUGCGGGAGGGCGGCUGGAGGGGUCGAAGACGAGGGCGAGGCGGAGGCGGGCUGGAUCGAGGGUGCCGCCAUCUUACUCUCCGUCUGCGUGGUGGUGCUGGUGACGGCCUUCAACGACUGGAGCAAGGAGAAGCAGUUCAGGGGCCUGCAGAACCGCAUCGAGCAGGAGCAGAGGUUCACCGUGGUCCGAGGAGGACAGGUCAUCCAGAUCCUCGUGUCCGAAAUUGUGGUCGGGGACGUAGCACAAGUCAAAUAUGGUGACCUUCUCCCUGCCGAUGGAGUGUUAAUCCAAGGCAACGAUCUGAAGAUUGAUGAGAGCUCCCUUACUGGAGAAUCAGACCAUGUGAAGAAAACACUUGAUAAAGACCCCAUGCUACUCUCAGGCACCCAUGUCAUGGAGGGCUCAGGGAAAAUGCUUGUGACAGCUGUGGGUGUCAACUCGCAAACAGGCAUCAUUUUCACUUUGCUCGGAGCGGAAGAUGACGACGACGAUGAUGACGACGAGGACAAGGAGGAGAAAGAGAGGAAGAAACGAGAGAAAGAGGAGAAGAAGAAAGAGAAGGAGAGGAAGAAGAAGGAAAAGAAAGAGAAGAAGAGGAAGGAUGGCGUGGAGAUGCAGCCCCUCAACAGUGAAGAUGGAGCGGAGGUGGAGGAGAAGAAGAAGUCCAACUUACCAAAGAAAGAGAAAUCUGUCUUACAAGGGAAGCUAACCAAACUAGCUGUACAAAUCGGCAAAGCAGGCCUGUUGAUGUCCGCCGUCACGGUCAUAAUCCUGGUGGCGCUCUUCCUGGUGGACACCUUUGUGGUGCAGGGCCUGCCCUGGAUCAAGGACUGCACUCCCAUCUACAUCCAGUUCAUCGUCAAGUUCUUCAUCAUUGGUGUCACUGUGCUCGUGGUGGCCGUGCCUGAGGGUCUUCCGCUGGCUGUCACCAUCUCGCUAGCCUACUCUGUCAAAAAAAUGAUGAAGGACAACAAUCUGGUGCGGCACCUGGAUGCCUGUGAGACCAUGGGCAAUGCCACGGCCAUUUGCUCGGACAAGACGGGGACACUGACCAUGAACCGGAUGACGGUGGUGCAGAUGUACAUCGGGGACCGGCACUACAGGAAGGUCCCCGAGCCAGACCUCAUCCCGGGACAGAUCAUGGAGCUGCUCAUCACAGGAAUCAGCGUCAACUGCGCAUACACCACCAAAAUUAUGCCUCCUGAGAAAGAGGGUGGACUGCCACGCCAAGUCGGAAACAAGACAGAAUGUGCCUUGCUGGGUCUCGUCACGGACCUGCGACGAGACUACAUCCCCAUCCGUAAUGAGUAUCCCGAGGAGAGGCUCUACAAGGUCUACACCUUCAACUCCGUCCGCAAGUCCAUGAGCACCGUCCUCAAGAAAUACGAGGGAGGAUACCGCAUGUUCAGCAAGGGAGCUUCGGAAAUCCUUCUGAAGAAAUGUUGCAGAGUCCUGACGGGCGCUGGCGAGGCCAAAAUGUUCAAGCCGCGGGACCGUGACGACAUGGUGAAGAACGUGAUCGAACCCAUGGCCUCAGAGGGGCUGCGUACCAUCUGCCUGGCAUACCGGGACUUCCCCCCCUCCGAUGGGGAGCCUGACUGGGACAACGAGGGCGACAUCCUCACCGCACUCACCUGCAUCUGCGUGGUGGGCAUCGAGGACCCCGUCAGGCCUGAGGUCCCAGACGCCAUUAAAAAGUGUCAGCGCGCUGGCAUCACUGUACGCAUGGUGACAGGUGACAACAUCAACACAGCGCGAGCCAUCGCCACCAAGUGUGGCAUCCUGCACCCGGGCGAUGACUUCAUCUGCCUCGAGGGCAAAGAGUUUAACAGGCGGAUACGAAAUGAACUGGGCGAGAUUGAGCAGGAGCGAAUUGAUAAGAUCUGGCCAAAGCUACGUGUGUUGGCAAGAUCUUCACCAACAGAUAAACACACUCUUGUAAAAGGUAUCAUUGAUAGCACAGUUAUAGAACAAAGGCAAGUGGUGGCUGUCACAGGAGAUGGAACCAAUGAUGGCCCUGCCCUGAAGAAAGCUGAUGUUGGCUUUGCCAUGGGCAUUGCUGGGACAGAUGUGGCCAAGGAAGCCUCGGACAUCAUCCUGACAGAUGACAACUUCUCCAGCAUUGUGAAGGCUGUGAUGUGGGGCAGGAACGUCUAUGACAGCAUCUCUAAAUUCCUGCAGUUCCAGCUGACAGUCAAUGUUGUGGCCGUUAUCGUAGCUUUCACAGGAGCCUGCAUUACACAGGACUCUCCCCUGAAGGCGGUGCAGAUGCUGUGGGUGAACCUGAUCAUGGACACUUUUGCGUCCCUGGCCCUGGCCACCGAGCCCCCCACGGAGUCUCUGCUGCUGAGGAAGCCUUACGGCCGCAACAAGCCCCUCAUCUCCCGCACCAUGAUGAAGAACAUCCUAGGACACGCCGUCUACCAACUCACCAUCAUCUUCACCCUGCUGUUUGCAGGUGAGCAGAUCUUUGACAUUGACAGUGGGAGGAACGCCCCGCUGCACGCUCCGCCCUCUGAGCACUACACCAUCGUCUUCAACACCUUCGUCAUGAUGCAGAUCUUCAACGAGAUCAACGCACGCAAGAUCCACGGCGAGCGAAACGUCUUUGAAGGAAUAUUCAACAACGCCAUCUUCUGCACGAUUGUGUUUGGCACUUUUGUCAUCCAGAUUGUGAUCGUGCAGUUUGGAGGGAAGCCCUUCAGCUGUGUUGGUCUGAGCAUAGAGCAGUGGCUGUGGUGUGUCUUCCUGGGCUUCGGCUCCCUUCUCUGGGGACAGCUGAUCUCCACCAUCCCCACGAGUCGGCUGAAGUUCCUGGUGACGGCAGGCCACGGCACCCAGAAGGAAGAGAUUCCCGAGGAGGAGCUUGAGGAGCUGGAGGAUUUGGAUGAGAUUGACCAUGCAGAGAUGGAGCUGAGGAGGGGACAGGUGCUGUGGUGCAGAGGCCUCAACAGGAUCCAGACUCAGAUCCGUGUGGUGAAUGCCUUCCGUGACACCAUGUCUCCGUACGAUGGCCUAGAGACCCCGGAGUCCCGGAGCUCCAUCCACAACUUCAUGAGCCACCCGGACUUCCGCAUCGAGGACUCAGAGCCGCAUAUCCCGCUCAUCGACGACAUCACCCUGGAGGAGGUGGACAGUGCACCAACCAAGCGCAACGCCGUGCCUCCGCUGCCCAAGCUCCCCACACUGCCCACCUCACCCAACCAGAACAAUAACGCCACCGAGAGGUUCGCUCACCUCUACAAGGAUGGUGCUCUUCCCCCGACUCCGGGCAGCCCCUUGCACAGCCUGGAGACUUCGCUCUGAGCCAAGACACCACCAACACCCAUACACA